AUGUCCAAGCUUGACGAAGAUCAUCAUGACGAUCGCUCCCUUUUCCCUUCGGCCGAGGGGAUGAUGGUGUCCAUGCUUUAUGCCGUUGUGAAUGAAGAUAUUUUCCGUCUUACGUUAUUACUCUUUAUGGGUGUUGUUGUGUGGACAAUAUGCGGUCUGACACUCGAGACUAAAUCUGACACUUGA